AUGUAUAAUAUUACAGUUUCUGAAUUUAAUGACAUGAUAUCAGAAACUCUUAUACCGAACAUUGUUAUACUUGUGAUUUACAUCGUACUCGGAACAUGCGGAAAUGUUUUUGUUUUGUUGGUUUAUUCUUUUCAAAUGAAAGAACCAUCAGAUGAAAGAUAUUUUAUACCGAUUUUAGCUGCAUUUGACUUAAUAGCAACGAUCUACUGUGGAAUUUAUAUGAUAUAUCAAUGUCUUAACCAAGUCACAUUUACACACAACAUUUUGUGUAAAACGACACAAUUCUUUAUUGGACUAACAACAUUUAUUCCAAUAUUUUUAUUACUAAUAAUUGCAGUUCAGAGAUAUAUGAAAGUGUGUAUGCCCCUGAAACCAGCAAUAUCGCUCAAUGUCAAAAGAACUGCAUUGAUAUUAACAAUAGUCAUUUCAUCGUUAUGUGCACUACCUUUAUCGUAUGUUUACGGCUCUGUUCCAUUCCAUAGCAUCACUCAUGGCACUAUUGGCCAACGUUGUGGCAAAGUAAAAGAAGGUUACAUGCUAGCAAGGACAAUCUAUGCCAUCGUGAUAGGUGUUAUUGUUGUUGCUUUAAUAACAACACUUAUUGUCCUAUACUCUUUAAUUGGAUGUGCAGUAUUUCGUCAAUUAAAGUUGAACAAACGUAGAAGUAGUAGAGUAGAAUUCAGAAAUUCGAUGACAAAAACUGAUGGAGAUGGAGCUUCUGUAACCGAAACUAGUGGUGUUUCACAUAAUAACAUCAUUUCUGAUCUAGAUUUCAAAAUAUCAAUUUCAAGUAAAAAACAGCGGCUGGAAAACAAUCACCAAACAUCUCUGUCUCAACUUCUUGGAUCCAAAAGAAGACAGAAGAAUAACCGUCGAAUAACUUACAAACUAACGAUUAUGUUUUUUGUUAUAACUUUGGUUUUUAUAUUAAGUUAUUUGUCGAAAGUGAUGUUGCUUAUUGUUGAAGGCCUAAACAAAGACUUUUGGGAAAAAGUGUCAAACACAGAAAGACCUGGAUUGAUGUUUAUAUAUCAUAUCUUUAUUAUUAAUAAUAUCGUGAACCCUUUUAUAUACGCUUUCAUGGAUAUCAAGUUUCGUGAAGAAGCGAUAGUUCUCUUAAGUCGUGUUUUUUGA